UUCUAACCACUCUAGUGGCUUUGGACAGCUGAGAACAGGCUCUGACGAGUCCGUGUUUCCCGUAGCAGUCCACGUCCUUCUAUAGUCCUACCCAUCAAUUGUCCAUCCAUCUCGUUGCAUUGACCUGAACAAGGCCAUGCCACCAAAUAAAUUCGAACGGAAAUCAUUCUUCGAUGUGGUACUAUGCCCACCUCUAGAUGAAGACCUUGAAAUUUCCAGGAAGGCACAAGUUCCCCACAAUGAGUGUGGGUCCCCUCAUGACGCUGAGGUUCGGCGAGAAUCGCAGUCGGUCGCGGCUGGAACGACAACCAGCAACACCGACUACGAAAACGUCAGCGAACCGUCGUGUGCAUGUCCCGAAUCAACCGACAAUGACAGCACCGCGGGCGCAAGAGAUGUAGCGAGCGAUUUGACAAAUCCUUUCCCCCUAAAUACCGAAGAAAGCACGCAUAAUAAAGGAAAGGGGCGUGCACCUGCGAGAACCCGUGCGUAUCCACGUAAGCGUGUUUCUGCAGGGAGGAAAGAUAUGGAGCCGGAGAUGGUCGGCUGGGUCAAGCAGAGAGCACUUGAUGCUAGAAAAAACGCACUUAAGCGCUAUCGACGAAUGGUACGCAACUCCGAUCUUUGUUGUCCACCCGGCGCAUUCCUGACCGUAGAAAUCAUUGGAUUCAUACAGGAAGCAAAAAAAAUGGCGAGGUGGAAAGGCAAAGAACGGAGUGGGAGCUUUGCCGAAGGAGAUAGCAAGAGGGUAGAAGGAGAAACACAAGUACCAGAACAACAUAAUUUGGUGUGGUAUAGUGCAAAAGCGGGAUCCGCAACAGAUGGCGCCGAAGCCGGGCGGUUCCGCUUCCCGCUAUACCAAUAUAAGUUGAAAUAUUUCAACCUUUACUACCUGGGCGCAAUGGAAGAUUAUGACAUUCCGGAUGAAGUCUUCAAAAUCGUAGCUCAACGCGAGCGUGACGCUAGUGAGCUCCUUGGCGCGUCGAUCGACUCAUCUGUCGAAUCGGCCCAGCCAUCCGUCGGGUGA